GCGGGGUGGCAUGAGUUGGCUUGGAAGAAUCAACGAGGGCGACCCCUCAAGUCACUCGGGCGGCCCAAGCAACCCAAAGCCUCUGCCUCACUCUUCCAAGCAAGCCAUGCAGUUAGGCUAGCUAAGUAGCCAAGCUCUAGCAGCUGCCCAUUCCUCCGUCCAUGCCCUCUCCCUCUCCUCCUCCUCCUCCUCCUCCCGCCACCACCGAUGUCUUGCGCGGCUGCGGAGGCCGGCCUGGUGGCCAUGGACUGCGUGGUGGUGUGCUGCUGCUGCCCGUGCCUGGUGCUGCAGAUCACCGUGUUCCUCUUCGUCCGGCUGCCCCGGAAGGUGGUGGUCAAGUCCAAGAGGGUCUUUCUGCGGCGAUGGCACAGGAGGAGGAGGAGGAGAUCGGCAUCCGCCGCGGCGAAGAGGCUCUCCAGAAGCGGCAGCACGGCCUCGUCCUCCGGCAUGAGGCGGCGCCUCGAGGAGCUGCUGGACGGCGAUUUCGGAGCCACCUUCAGGGAUAUCAACGGAGGGGAGUGCAGCGGCAGCGACGGCGACGUCCGUGAUGGCUGGAAAGAGAAAUGCUUCGCCAUGGACGACUAUGAUGGCGGUGGCGGCUGGAAGCAGAGGUGCUUCGCCGUCGACGGCUGCGACGACGACGGCGUGUGGGAGGCGCUGGUGGAGCAGGAGGGGCUCUUCUGGUUCGGGAGCUUCUGGGGCCGGACGGAGCAGGGGGACCCCGUGUCCGCGGAGGAUCAGAUGUACGCAGGCUUGAGCUUGCCGGUAGUCCUAGAGAGAGUGCGCGAUUAGGCACCGACGACGAUGCAGUUUGAUGCAAGCGGCUUGCAUUGCAGCUUCUAGAUGAGGUUUCUACUUUUCCAUCCGGGCAUCAUUCGGUCAUUGCACUGAUGAUUCCAUUCCUUACUGUACAUAUGUUAUCAUCAUGGUACGCCUAUCAAUCAAAGGGACAAUCCUGAACAAUAAACAGCGGGUUUUGGUUUAA